AUGUAUAACAACACUACAAUUUUACUAGUGAUUUGCUGUUUCAUCAAUUUUAUUGCAAACAACGCAGAUGGAUUUCAAGGAAUAUAUGAGGCGAAAUCAGCUAAAGACGAUUUAAAAGGAUGCGCUGUAUUUGAAAGGCAAUGUUUACAGUUAGACAAUGAUUUUGAUCUUUUGUCUUGUGCUCUGAACAUAACACAUAAUAAUAAAACUCAAAUUCCUAUUGUAUGUCAACAUAAACUCUGGACACAUCAAAUCAACUUACUUGAUAAUAACUUUAUUGAAGACAAAAUAAAAGAGCCAUGUCAAGAUGAAACUAUUCUUACAUAUUGUCUAGGCUCUAACUCAAAUUCCUUGGAUUGUAUUCUUAAAAGAAAAACAAUUUUGAAAAAUAAAUCAUGUCAAAGAGCAAUAACUCGAUUAGAAUCAAUACUCUUCAAUGAUUGGCAAAUAACUGGAAAUUUCUUAAAGAACUGUUUUGAUGAUAUUGAAGCACAUAGUUGUGGCAGGGUACCAUCUGAUCCAAAAACCCUUUCACAAACGUUUACACUUAAAUGUCUCCAAAAUCUUAUGGAUACAUUACAUCCCAAAUGUCAAUCUGAAAUUACUGCCUUAAAAGAAAUGAAAUACACUACUUUACAGAUUGAUAAACUUGUAUUUGCUGCAUGUAAUACAGACCAAAAAAAUUUCUGCCCAGAAGAAGUACCAGAUUCAUUAUUAAUGUACAAAUGUCUUGUACGACAUAAAUAUGAAAAUGCCAUGACGAAACAGUGUCAAGAUCAAUUAUUUUAUUUACAAAGAAAUAUGGUAAUGAAUUAUAAAAAUAGUAAAAGCUUGGUGAAAUCUUGUAAAGAAGAUAUACGUAAAUAUCACUGUCGAAAAGGUGUCGUGGAAGACAAAGACGUACGACUUGCACAAAUUUUACUAUGUCUAGAAAAUGUUUCACGCAUCAAUAGCACAAAUCUUUCUCCAGAAUGUAUUGCUGAAAUGACUGAUCAUAGAAAAAUGCUUAUGGAUGACUAUAGAUUAUCCCCAGAGUUAAUGCAAAAUUGUGCUAAUGAUAUCACAAUGUUAUGUAAAGGUAUUGAAGCAGGGGGCCGUACAAUACAUUGCUUAAUGGAACAUGCUAGACCACGAAAAAGAAAAGAUAAAAGAAUUAGCCUAGCUUGUCAAAGAUCUUUGGAAAUAUUAGUACAAGAAGCUGACCCUGGUGAAGACUGGAGAGUUGAUCCAAUUUUAAGAAAAGCAUGUAAGCCAGUUGUCGAUAGAGCUUGUCGUGAAGUUAAUGGGGGCAAUGGUAGAGUUAUGUCUUGCCUCAUGGAGAAACUAGGGACAGUUCUAAUGACAACAGAUUGUGAAAAUGCACUACUGCAAAUACAAUAUUUUAUUUCUAGAGAUUUUAAACUUGAUCCUCAGUUAUAUAAGGCUUGUAAAUUUGAUGCUGUUACACAAUGUAAAGCAAAAUUACAGUGGGCCGAUAUUAAUGAACAUCCUUCUGAAAAAGAUCCUCUAGUAUUACCUUGUUUGUAUAAUUAUGCUUAUAAUUCAGAGCUCAGAGGUGUACUUAAACCAGCAUGUGAACAGCAGGUAAGAAGAGUAAUGAGACAAAGGGCUGUUAGUGUUGAUCUGCUCCCUGAGAUAGCUGAUAGUUGUAUAGAUGAUUUGGCUAAUAAUUGUUUUGAAAAUACUGGGAAGGGCGAAGAAAUUAUGUGCUUACAAAGUAAAAUAAAAGAGUUAUCACCAAAAUGUAAGGAAGUUGUGACAAACUUUACUGAAACACAAAGUGACCACAUUGAACUGAAUGUUGUUAUAAGUACCAAUUGCAGAGUUCCUAUAGAAAAACUCUGUACAUCUCAAUUAAGAAGCAAAAAAGAUGAAGACGAUAUUUUGGAUUGCCUAAUAGCACAUAAAAAUGAUGCAGAAAUUAAAGCAAAUAUAAAAUGUAGGGCUGCCAUUGAACAUGAACAAUUAAUCUCGCUUAAAAAUUAUAGAUUCACAAGGAAAUUUAAAAAUGCAUGCAAAUCUUAUGUUGUAAGAUUUUGUCCAAAGGCUCAAACAAAGGUGCAGGUUGUGAUGUGUUUGAGUGAGAUUAUAAGAAAUGAUACUAUAACAAGAAGAAAGCACACUAUAUACAAGGAAUGUCGUCAACAACUUAGAAGUCAACUAUUUCAACAAAAAGAAAAUAUUGACUUAGAUCCAGAACUUAAAGAAGCAUGUAAAAAUGAUUUGCAAGAAUUUUGUCCAUCUGUACCUCACGGUGAAUCCGCAGCUUUGGAAUGUCUCCAAACAGCUAAGGGAAAGUUGAGUGAUAAUUGUAAAAAGGCAAUAUUUAUUGUACGAAAACAAGAGUUUUCAGACAACGGUAUUGAUUAUCGUUUACUAACGAGCUGCAGUGAUAUGAUAGAUUUGUAUUGCCACAAAACAGAACCAACAGUCCUUUUAGAUUGUUUAAAGGCACAUCGCCAGGAAGCAGACUUCAGUAACAAUUGUAAGAUUGUAGUUGUUAACAGAAUGAUAGAACAAAACUUGGAUUAUCGGUUCAACAAUAACUUACAAAAUGCUUGUAAAGGAGAUAUAAAAAGAUUUUGCAUGAGCGUGAUUGUUAAUGAACCACAAGAUGUUGAACUUCAAGGUAAAAUGUUGUAUUGCUUAAAGGAUAAAUUCAGAGAGUCUAAACUAGAGAAAACUUGCGAAAAUGAGCUGGCGAAUGUUUUGAAAGAGCAGGCUUUAAAUUAUCGCCUUGAUCCACUCUUAGGGAAAUUGUGUAAGGCUGAAAUUCAAACGAUAUGCACAGUGCCAAAUGAUUCCAUUACUAAUUCGGAUGGACAGGUGGAGGAAUGUUUAAAAAAUGCACUUUUGAAUCACAAAAUUGUGUCUGCUGAAUGCGCGCGUGAAGUAGUACAGAUUAUAGAAGAAACAGAAGUGGAUAUUGAGGCUGAUCCUUUGUUAGAACGAGCUUGUGCUUUGGACUUGUUGAAAUACUGCAAAGACCUUGAACAUGGAGCUGGCAGACGACUUAAAUGUUUAAAAAUUAUUCUAAAUGACAGCAAUAGAAAACUUGAAACAGAAUGUCAAAAGGAAUUAUCGAGCAGAUUAGAGAUGUACAGAUAUGUUGCUUCAGUAAAUGUGAUAGAAAACCUUGGUGAUAUGUAUGAUGAGAUUUCAACUUCACCUUCUAAAAAAUAUUUUUUAGUUGUAGGAAUUUCAAUUGUAGGUUUAAUUUUUAUAUUUGGUUUAUAUUGUGGUCGUGUAACUAAAAGGGCAAUGUAUAUAAAAAGAAAA